GCAGAAUCAGGGAAUGCGAGCAUGGGGGAAGAGCAGCGAUCCCAGCAGAAGCAAGCUCACAAUAACCCACGAGCAUGCCAGCCAUGCCGUGCCUCAAAAGUCAAAUGUGACCAGCCUGACCCUAGCAUGCCAUGUCUCCGGUGCCAGAGAUCAGGCAAGCCCUGCAUUGAUGCCGCGAGUCAACCGGGGAAUAGACGGCGCCAGUUCAACGACCGUAUCCUGGAGAUUGAGUCACGGAUUGAGUCGAUAUUGUCGUCUGCGGAGUUGCGGGAUAGCGCUGGGGAUAACCCGCCGGCGACAAGCCCUCUGCAUUCGCUUUCAGAAUCGUCGCGCAACAACCGGCAGCAUGAUUGGAACCCGCCAAUGGGAGCCGGCAUACCGUUCAAUGGUGGUAGUUCAGGAAUAGAAGAUCUGAAAUCGACCAUCCAAUCCUGGCUAAACGCCAACAUCACAGACCUGGACGAUCGCACCACAGAAACAAUAUUCAGCCGAUAUCUGACCAACAUGGCCUCCAAAUUCCCAGUCGUCGUCUUCCCACCGAGUACCACAGCAGCAGACGUCAGAAGCGACAACCCCAUUCUCUUUCUGGCGAUUCUCGACGUGGCCUCGUCGGGAUUCUGUGCGCUCGAAACACAAAGAAAUCUCCGGAAGCUAAUUGUACAGCUCUAUGUGCAUUGCAUGCUUCGAUCUGAACAGUAUACGCUCGGAUUGCUCCAGGCUUUGAUUGUGUCUGCCAUGUGGUAUCGCACGAUUGAGCCUGUCAUGCCCGGAGAACAGAUGGAUAUCUAUCAGAUAAGCCACACAGCGGCUAAUAUGGCGUUGAUAAUGAGAUUGGGGGAGAGACUGAACAUCAACAUAUCUUCUCGGGAGAAGGAAAAACGUCCUGGAAGCGUCUUCCGGGAAGAGUCACUGCCCGCUCGGCGAGUGUGGCUAGGAUGCCACUAUAUUUGCUCCAAUACCUCAAUGUCCCUCCGCGCCCCAAACGUCAUGAGAUGGACCCGUCUGAUGGACGAAUGUCUGGGGGUGUUAGAAACAUCCCCGGCUGCCCUUCCAUCGGAUAGGCUUUUCUGUCAGCAUAUCCGGCUGCAGCAUAUAACCGAAGAAUUUGCGAUGCAUUUGUCUGCGGGAGGGACUUCUUCUGUGGAUGAAUCACGAGCGAUUUAUAUCCAUCGUGCUUUUAAACGGCAGCUGGACGAAUGGCUUGGGAGCAUUGCUGAUGGUUGGGAUGCUCACUGCACAGCAACGGGUGAUGUUGAUAUUCCCAGCGAAGACAGCCCACCAAUCGUGACAAUCGAACCACACGCGAUAACCGAGUUCACACAAACAAUAGACAACAUCUUCCGGGUAUUCACCUCGCUAGACAUGUCAACCAUCCGAGCCCUCCCCGCGAUGUACCUCAUCCGGAUAAUCUACACAUUCCUGAUCCUGGUCAAACUGCACUUCGCAGCAGCCAAACUCCCCACUCAAGACGCCGCCGUGUUGCAAAUCGACAGGCUGCAGGUGUCGGAACGUCUUGAUCGCGUGAUCCAGAUGACUGCGGGGUGGGGUCCUUUGUGGCCUGCGACGAAACUGACCACUGUGCUUGUUAGAAUGCGGGAGUGGUUGGAAAGUGGGGAGGAGGCUGGUUCGUGGCUUACUGGAUGGGAGAUUAAAACCCAUUUCAACAUGGUUGAAGCCGCCUCGGAUGAUGCAACAAUGGUCGAUUCCAGCUCGCAAGGCCCGGCGUCAUGGGUUCCGUUGUCGUUGGCGUCAACGGACGUGAAUACGGAUACAGUCCGCUUUUCGCUCGAACCACCCCUCGGCACUGAUCUCCAGUCAAUGUCCCAGGCUACCGAAUCGUGUUUCCCGGGGAAGGAAGCGCCUGAUUUUAUGCAGAUGCAGGACGAGGGUGUUCCCCCUGCGGUAUGCCAACGUCUCGGUGACCUCCCGGAAAUAGAUCAGAUGGAGAUGGGGAUGGGCUGGAGCCAAUUCCCAAAUAUGGGCUUUGACUUGUCCAAUCUAGAUGUGCCUUUCUCCACGAUCCCUCUUCUUCCUGUUUUUGAUCUCAACGCAGCAACGAAGGAAGAUUUCCCAGAUAGAGACAAAUAA